CUUCCUUUGACGAUCAUGCGGAUGCGACCACCUGGGCCUUACCCCAACGCGAACAUCGACGCAUGACCGCCGCCAAAAGAUCUGCGGCUCGGUACGCGUGGCUGUUUGCGACAACGCGUGAGGAGAACGACUCGGAGCCGCCCAGCGGCGAGCGUGGCACCACCAAUUCGGUCAUGUGACGAUGUAGGCCGCGCGGUGCGCCCACUGGCUCCGCUCACGCAGAGCUCAUUCAUCUGCAUUCAGGGCUCACGAUGCCUUCGCGGAAAGAAAAGAAAGAGGCCCGGAAAGCAGCAUACUCCGCUCUCAUCGAAGACAUCAGUGGCGAUGCGGCUGCUCUCGAGUUACUUGCUCGUUCGAGCAAUCCCUAUCCCCGCCUACAACUCACAGCUUUACUACACUUUCGACUCGCCUCCCUUGGCAUUCCUUCCCCCGCAGGCGACCUCUUUGCUGGUUUCUUGGGAUGGUGUGCUCAUACCCGGGCCCAGCAACUUCCGAAUCAACUCGAGCAGGCCCUUGUCCUGCGUAAGCAGAACACCCAAGUGCGGGAGGAGAUGUGCAGGGAUCUCGCUGCGCGCCUGCACCUGCGGAGGCUAGAUGAGGCCGGCAAGGCAGCCUGGCUCGACGAGAACACGACAGAGGUUUUUGUUGACCCACUCACCAAGCCAUACCCCGACUACCAUUGGUGGGUUGCUGAGUCGCCCGAGACAGCCGAGCAGUGGAGACCUCGAAUCGAGGAGGGCAAGCAGGCGGACAGGCGCCACACACGGCACCCUAUUGCCGUGGAGGACCCCUCGAAGCUCGCACACAUUGUGCACGAGGAGGAGAGUGUAGUUUUUCGGGACAGGAAAACAGGCAAGGUCGUCAUGAUUAUAAUCCGGGACUUCUGUAAGGACAAGAAGGUUCUGGCAUACGCAAAUGGCGAGACAGAGCAGUCGGCUGAUAUGAGAAGAUCAGUCAGGCUCGAGGACCCGGGGAAGCUUGUGCUUCUCGGCUACACUGCUGGUUCUCGCAGCCACCCUCUGUACGACUGGGCUCGGAACCUCCGCUCCUCCAAACACACCGCAGAAUUCAUACGGGAGCACGACUUCCGCGUAUCAUCAGUAUUUGCUCUCUUCUGGAAUCUGAUCCAGUCGCACCUUCCUGAGGAGGUCCUCGCUCCGUUCGAGUCGUACCUUUCCGAGAAUUCGAUGGGUCGCAUGGACGCCAAUUCGAAGUCGCGGGAGUCGAAAGGCAUCUAUAUGGUGGAGUGCGGAGACGAGUACGUCGAGUUCAAUGAUGCCGAACUCGCACCACCUGCAGGUGUGGCUGGUUGUAACUAUGCGCGCGCCAUUCAUCGAGAGAAACAGCCCCAGAAAUGGGCGUUCUCAUGGACGACUUCUCGCCGCAAGGGUAUGACAGGAGGGAGUUUCUACGAGGCAGUCUAUGGCAUCAAGGUAUGCCAGGCUCCCAACACGAUGAUCGCGUGGAUGCCUGAGCACGACCAUGGCACGAGUCUGCUCGAUUACAGCUCGGAUCGGAAGGAAGAUGUUCCGCCUUUCGCGCAGGCUGGCAUCGCCUUCGUUACGAGUACCCGCCUUGCCUCCACCUGGCAGAAGUAUGUUGAGGGCGAGGAUUUUGCGACUGCGGAGAAGGAAUGGGUGGAGAGUAUGGAGGAUGACGUCGAGAGCAGCUGUGGCGAUGAACUAUGCACCCUCUGCCUCGAUGACGGUUACAUUUGCAGUGUCAAUCCCUGCCCAAUUUGCAUCUAGUUGUAACUCAUCACUCGUCUUCAUAGCUAGCAAUGUUCUCAAUUUACACAGAGUAGACA